CGGAAAUGUUGGCCCCGCCCACCCAUCGUCACCGAAGAAGAAGACGAAUAAGGAAUCAGCUGUUAAAAAAAGUAGCUCGAGUGGAAGAACGCAUCGAGGAAAGAAGGUAUGUUUGAAGCGUGUGAUGUUCACUGAUUAGCGGCGAGGCCUGACUCAACACAACACGCCAAGAUGCCUGCGGUGUCCACCGGUCCCAAGGACCUUUAUGUGUCCACAUCUCUCGGGGACCUCAAUAAAAAAGCAGAAGUUAAGCCAGACAAGAUAAGCACAAGAAACUUUGUCCAGAGUGCCUGCAAAAUCUUUAAGGCAGCAGAGGAGAGUCGUUUGGACAGAGAUGAGGAAAGAGCUUAUGUGCUUUAUAUGAAGUAUCUAGCAGUAUAUAACAUCGUUAAAACAAGACCGGACUUCAAGCAGCAAUUGGAGUAUUACAUGACCACGCUUGGGCCCAAAAACUUCAAGAAAGCCAUCGAAGAAGCCGAGAAGCUUGCCGAAAGCCUCAAGCUCAGGUAUGAGGAAGUUGAGGUAAGGAAAAAGCUGGAAGAGAAGGAGAGGCAAGAGGAGAAAAAGAAGCGUGAGGAAAUGACGGAGAAAGAUAACAGUCGAAGCUCUCCCAAAUCCUCAGCGGCAAGCAAGGACGGCAAUAAGGUAAAAGGACCACUGAACGACAUGAAGAAUGCAUCUUCAAAAACUGCGGCGGUGGGCGGGAUCACGGCCGAGAAACUUUUCCACAUGAUGAAGGAUCAAAUGAUUACUCUGAUUGUCAUGGAUGCCCGGAGCCAGAGAGACUUUGAGGAGUCUCACAUUCUGGUCCCAUCUCAGGCCUGCAUCAGCGUGCCCGAGGAGGCCAUCAUUCCAGGAAUCACGGUCCAUCAAAUUGAAGAAAAGCUCCCAGAAGGGUCCAAAGAGCAGUGGAAAAGGCGGGGAUCCGUGGAUUACGUCGUACUUUUGGACUGGUUUAAUUCUGUUAAGGAUCUAACGAUGCGCACAACAUUGCAGAGUCUCAAAGACGCUCUAUACAAGUGGGACAAUAUGACUAUCUUACGGAGUGAGCCACUGGUGCUGGAGGGGGGCUAUGAGAACUGGCUGCUGUUUUACCCAAUGUACACGACCAAUGCUAAAGUCCGCCCCCCCAGGGAGAAUAUUAUCAACACUCUUCCUCCGUUAAACUUUAGUUACCCAUCUCUUGACGAACUAAAACCUCCAACACAGCCUGAGCCAGAACCUGAAAUUCGACCUGCGCCUGUAGAGCCUUCCGCUCCCUUACUUGUGAAUGGAGUUGCUCCAAGUGAUGCCCGCACACCCACACCACUUGUGGGCGCAGAGAGAUUGGAAAACACUGUUGAGGCUCUCUUCUCGAAGCUAGAAGUGAGUAAGAAAGGACCAGUGACGGACAGGUCCAGCCAAGGUUCUUCGACGCCCAGUGCACCCCCACAGUUUGACCGUACCAAAAAACCACCAAUGCACUUCUCAGAACAACCUACCGCGGUCGUGAAUGGACAAGACAAAGAAUUCAGCAAGAACACUCCAAAUGUCCCCGACCGCUCAGCCAAACCAGCCUUCACUGUUUCUCUGUCUGAAGAAGAGCAAAGUCAGAAGGAGAAAGCCGGGCAAGAACAGCAGAAACACAUUCAGGAGAGUCGGCUGGAAGAGGAGAGGCAGCAGAAGGAGCUGAAAGAGAGACUAGAAAAGGAACAGAAUGAUAAGAAAAAGAAGGAAGAUGAGGAGAAAGGACAGCAAGACAAAAAGAGACUGGAGAGACAGAAGGCAAAGGAAGAGGAAGAUAAAGACAACCAUGGGUGGAAGGACAAAGACAACAGGGGAAGAGAUCAGAAUGCCGAAGCACCCUCAAAGAGCAUGUCUCUUGACUCUUCUGGUCCCAGCCUUAUCAUCAGCGAGGUGAAGCAGGAGUCGUUGACCAGAGCGAGAAGUGAGGAAAUGGGAAGGAGCGUGCCAGGUCUGCCAGUCGGUUGGAUGAAGUUCCUCGACAUUGUUACCGGAACCUUCCGAUACUACCAUUCCCCAACCAACCGCGUCCACCUGUACCCGCCCGAGGUUACAGUUCCAACAACACCAGCAGUAGAACAGAAACAGCCGCAACCAGCAGUGCCUUCCUCCGAAGUAGAGAGAGAGCAGGAGCGGGAACAGUCCAAAUUAAAACGCUCAUACUCUUCACCAGACAUCAGCCAGGACCUAAGAGAGGAGAUCCAGAAGAAGAGUUCUGCCCCAGUACCUGCUGCGACCAUGCCCACCAUCAAUAGAGCAACCAAACCUCCGAGUGUUAAAGUCUAUUCUAAAGUGGAGCUCGCGCGACCUUCUGCCGCCAAAAUUCGCAGCCUGAAUCCAUCGUUUGGAGGUCUGGGGGCAAGUUUGACCGGCCUUCGUAAUCUUGGGAACACUUGCUAUAUGAACUCCAUCUUGCAGUGUCUCUGCAACACACCCCACAUGGCAGAGUACUUCAACAAUAAUUCUUACCUGGAUGAUAUCAACAGGUUCAACGUUCUAGGUCAUAAAGGGGAAGUUGCCGAGGAAUUCGGUGUGAUCAUGAAGGCACUCUGGGCCGGUCUGUACAGGUGCAUCAGCCCACGAGACUUUAAGACCACCAUAGGAAAGAUCAAUGAUCAGUUUGCUGGCUAUGAGCAGCAAGAUUCCCAGGAGUUGCUGCUCUUUCUCAUGGAUGGCCUCCAUGAGGACCUCAAUCGGGCGGACAACAGGAAGCACUACAAAGAGGAGGAAAACGACCACCUGGAUGAUCAAAUGGCGGCAGACCAGGCUUGGGACAAACACAUGCAGCUCAACAAGUCCAUCAUCGUCUCACUCUUCCAGGGCCAGUUCAAGUCCACCGUGCAGUGUCAGACCUGCCACCGUAAGUCUCGAACCUUUGAGACCUUCAUGUACCUGUCGCUGCCUCUGGCCUCCACCAGCAAGUGCUCUCUACAGGAUUGUCUGAGGCUGUUCUCAAAGGAGGAGCGGCUGACCGAGAACAACAAAGUUUUCUGCAGACACUGCAAAGCUCACAGAGAUUCCACCAAGAAACUGGAGAUCUGGAAGGUCCCCCCAAUUCUCUUGGUGCACCUGAAGCGCUUCUCGUAUGAGGGCCGAUGGAAACAGAAGCUGCAGACCUCUGUAGAUUUCCCUCUCGACACUCUGGACCUGGCCCAGUACGUCAUCGGACCUAAGCAGAACCUGAACAGAUACAACCUCUUUGGAGUGUCUAACCACUACGGAGGUUUGGACGGUGGCCAUUACACCGCCUACUGUAAGAAUGCCUUGAAGCAGCGCUGGUACAAGUUUGACGAUCACGAGGUUUCCGACAUCUCCACGUCCUCCGUCAAAUCAUCCGCCGCCUACAUUUUGUUUUACUCCGCCCUGUAACGGACUCUCCAGUCGGAACUGAAGAACACCUGAGAAGGUUGUCUUGCCCAAAUCCAACCCCCACUCCCAGCCUCCUCCCCCUUCUAGAAAGCGGCAGUUUUGGGCACCUGAUGAAGAUGCGCGCAAGUCCGUCCUCCAGCUGAUAAUGGCUGACGGAUGUCGCUAGUGCGCACUGCAGCACAGGCACGCCGUGCAAUGCUUCCGCCACUAGAGGACCUUAUAGCUGUGAAAACAUGCCGGCUGCUCUUAUUUCUGAUCAUCUAUUCUAGAGACUACGGGGAGACGUCAGUUUGACGCCAUCCAACGUCGUCGUAGGCCGAGCGCCCGCUUCGACGCUCCUCACUCGCCGCGGUUAACGUGAAAGGCUGGAUUAUUCGAGCGUGUAUAACAGCAGAGUCGCAUUUACAUAGCUUGUACGUAUUUAACAAAGCGGAUAUUGCACUUUUCCGAAUGUAAAUAUUUUACAACACGUUGGGUUGUUGCGUGACCACUUUUUGUUGUCGUCGACGGUAAGCAGCUGUGAUAUUCGCACCACAGUCUUUGCAGUAGAGGUUACAAUUGAACAUGACCAUUGAAGGGGACCUAUCGUGUUGUUUUGUUUUCCCCCCUCGUUCCCUAUUUUGUCACGAAACCAUAUUUUAGGCCACCGGAAGAGCAAUGUUUGAGGUGUCACAAAAAAGGUGUAUUUUGAACCAGAACUACACUACAAAGUCUCCACACCCAUUUUGUUUUGGUGGUAAAAAGACUUUUCCACCAUUAAUGUGACUAAAUGGAUUUUUUUUUUUUUUUUUAAAUGAAAGAACACCAUACCUGCAGGAAAGGAUGGUUUUGUUGCCAUUGUUUUUUGGGGGGCGGUUUUUCUUCAGCUUCAGUUUGGGACAUGAGAGGUGGAGGGAAUUACUGUAUGAACAGUUCCAUAUAGCAGUCAGUGUUAGCACAACCUAUUGAGUCUUCUGUUGGAAACCCAAAAAGGAAAAAAGUCGUGAAAACACUACUGGAACAUCAAAAAAAUUAUUUGGGCUGGACGAAAAUACUUUUAUUUUAAGUGUGUGUGUGUGUGUGUGUGUGUGUGUGUGUGUGUAUAUAUAAGUAUACACACACACCUUUCCCAUGCUCAGUGGGGUGCGUUUUGAUAACGUGUGAGACGAUGGAGUUCACUACCGUGGAGAAAACUUGUAGUUUGGAUAUAAAAUACUGUGCAUCUUUUCUGAUACACCUUGUAGCCUUUUGAAAGCUUCAUAACUGUUUGCAUUCUGUCCCGACAGUGAAUUUGAUGUGGAGGCUACAUAGUGGAAAAGGAAGAUGAAUGGGGAAUCAUGUCUAUUGUGAGUCAUGCAAAUCUACUCAAGUGGCCUCCCAGAAUAGGUUGCAGUUAGCAUAAUAGGUCCUCUUUAAUGUGAUUUGAAAAGACUGAAUAUUUACAUUUGCGUAGUAGAGAGGAGUUUGAUGGGAACUGUGAUGGUUGCUUGUUUAUGUUAAACAUAUUGUUGCACUUACACUGUAUACAAUCAGAAGAACGCAGAACAUAUAGCUAAUCCAUUAAUACUCGAUGUGGAACGCUUUAAAUUGUCACAGACUGACAUAUCUUCUGACUGUAGUCUUGUCUGACCCCUAUAGCAUAAUGUUAAAUGUAUUUGCCAUGGACUAUUACUCUCUCCAUAAUAACAAUUUAAAAGGAGCAGUAAUCAUAUUUUUGUCCCUUGGUGAUUUUUUUUUUUUUUUUUUUUUUUUUUUUCAGAAGCUCAAAUUUGUAGACUGUAAAAUUUAACAUUUAAAUUUCAUUGUCUUCAGUACUGACCUGAUUUGUCUCCUGAGGUUAGAAAUAAUUUCUCAUGAUUUCUUCUGUCAACACAAACUGUCCCAACUUGUUGGCAAGAGCACAAACCACAAUAAAAUGGAGCAGAGAGCGGAGACGUGCAGGGAUUCGCUCGCUGCUCCUGACCGUCGUCUCGCCUCGCAUGACGUUCGAAAGUCGAUUUACUUUUCAAUGUCAGACUUUAUUUAUCAAUGUUUGUUUGUUUGCCAAAUAUAUUAACCUCCAACAACUC